GUUCCAACGCGGCUGUGCCACCUGCGAGACAUGACUUCAGUUACUUGUAUCAGCCAAACGUUUCUGAGCUGGCAUCGGGGACCACGAUCAAUCGUUGUAUUGCUGUCCGAACACAACACUCAAUCAGUCGGUCAAAAAAGCAGUCGCACGGACCAUGCCACGCAAGCCACGCCUCCUCAGCGAGACUGAACUCCGGCGCUUCGAGGACCGCGCCGACGAGAACGCCAAGCUCGCGGAUUGCUGGGCCAGUGACCAGGUCGUCAUCAUCGCGUGCGAGCCCACGAGCGCCUACAAGACGGCACGUGUCUCCGUCCUGCCGGCCCUCCAGCUCGACAUUCUGUCCCCGGCCGCGAAUCCGGUGCUGCCCUCCCUCACCAGUGCGGCGCGUCCCUCGCGGCACUUCUGCCGACGGACGAUUCGGCUGCUGGAGCGGCCUAACGGUAAGAGGGACGAUGUCUACCGGCCGCAGCCGUUUGUAUCGGACACAGGCGUGUACCACAGGUACGAGAUGUACAUCGAGGACGCCAGGGCGAAGGCGCAGGCGGUUUUCGACGAGCUGCGCGCGGGGUACGCCUCUGUCUGCGUUGCGAGCUGUUACAUCGACAAGACGGCGGCCGGGUUCGAGACCUUUGGCGUCAGGGUCCCACCGACGACGGUGUUUGUCGAUUUGAUCAAGGUGUUGGAACAUCAGACGAAGGGGAGCGGGAUCCCGGAGGAGUUGAGGUCGGACGAGGCCGAGAACGUGACGGAGCGGAGGGGAAGAUACGGCGGGCACCCCAGCGGUUUUGUGGAUCGUUAUGGCAUGUAUACUGUUCGGCUGCUGGAGCUGCUUGGCCCCGCGGCCGAGGACCACCGGCUGGAUUUCAGAAGGGUUGAGAGGGAAGACACGGCGUUGAAGAGGAUUGCGGCUAGGUUUCGGAACGGAUAGGCGGAAGGUGGGCGGGGGGCGGUGGUUUAAAGGGUUCGGUGAGCGACACUCAACGAAGACCAGAGAUAAUUCCCACCGUGGCCGGCUCAUCAUUCCAUUGCCAUGGCAGUUUGUUGUCGGCGAGGCAGCUGCUCAUCCCUGCGCCGGGCCGUACCUGUAGCAUAUCUUCGUUCA